AUGGCUUCCAUCUGGGGAAACGACAAGCAUCAGCACAACAACAAUGGAAAGCUCCCGGCAUGGAAGAGGCUUUCGAGCUUGGUGAGGCGAGGUUCUAACAAACGCAGCAGCAACGGCCACGCCUACGCACCGUCGCUGCAGAAGGUGCCGUCUGGACACCAUGUCUUGGAGACGUCCAAAUCGACGCCGCACUUGCUGGGAAAACACGACGACAACCAGGCCGACAACACGGUCGGAGACGUCGGCCACGUCGGCAGCAUCACCACCCUGAAAGCACCACUGCUCGAGGUCAAUCUCGAGCCUCUUCGGUCCUACAGGCUCUCCGACGGCUGGCUCGACAAUGACGACCCGCCUCCUCCGACACCACCGCCCAAGGACGACAUGAUAAUCGGCAGAGAUUCCAAACGAAACAGCUCGACGCCCAUCGCCGACCUGUUCUCCAAAAGCACGGAUCAGCUAGCCACCGCCCUGCAAACCAUCAGUCGGAAGCCAGUCCCGUCCAGGCCCGAGCCGUCAAUUCCCGAGCCCCCAGUCCCAGAGCCAUCAAUCCCCGAGCCCUCAAUACCAGAUGCAACCAAUAAUGAACCCAUAUCUAUACCCCAACAGCAGCCUCAGAGGCAAUUGUCCACGGCCAGUGACACGAGAGGUCGCCGUCCGUUGACGGUUGCCGUCGACCAAGACGCAUCAUCUUCGGUGACAGGUCAACCCAUACGGAUCUCUCUCCGCGACUCGAGCGUCGGGUUUGAGGGUGAAACAAGAAGCUCGCACAAGAGACAAAAUUCUGGCCGCAAACCCAUCAGGGCCUCGUGGGGUGGUAGCAGCGGCAUCCAAACCGUGCCCGGCUCACCACUGGAAGCCGCUCCUUCCGAUGCUGCUGGGAAAUCCUCAGUCAAGCAGGUGAACCUGCUUCGAUCCGUCGGAAACAACACUUCGGGGAUGCGGGUGACGGGGGCUUCCAGUGGUACCGGCAGCGGCAGCGGUGUCGACGAUGCUAUCAAGCGGCACUCGAUGCCGUCGCCCACGGAGUUGCAGUUUGCCAGCGCCAAUCUCAAUCGCACCAAGGACUCAAUCGCCACGCGCACGUCCUCGCCCGUGACGGCGUUGAGGCCGGCACUCGGCCCCGCAGAGGACGCGCGCAGGCGGACGUGGCAGCCCCCAGUGUCCCCGGCUCUCACCAACAGCAGCACCAACAGCAGGCGGUCCAUCUCGGGCAGCCGCCCGCCGUCGACGGCGCUGACGUCUAGCCGUCUGGCGUGGAUCCGCGAGCUCGAGGGAGGCCGCAAGAACAAGUCCACGUCUGGCUCCGACAGCAAAGCCCUCAGGGACGUCGGCGGCGGCGUGGCGGGCAAGCUCGCCAUGUUUGAGCAGAAGCAGCAGCAGGCCAAGCCGCCGAGCUCGGUGCUCGGCCGGUCCAACUCCAACACCAGCAGGGCCAGCCGCAUGUCCAUGUCGGUGGUCGGUGCCAGCUCCAACGACGACGACGUGCCCACCACGAGGCGGACCUCGGUCGACUCGACGCGGUCGGGUGUCGCGCCAGUCAUGGCGUACUACGACGAGGCGUUCCGCGAGAAGAUGGAGGGCGUGACGCAGCUGGCGAACAAGCGAUUGAACGGCGAUGACGACAAGCCCGAGUCGCAACAGGACGGGCUGAGGAAGGUGACGGCCCGUCUGGUCGAUCUGGACACGGCCAAGAAGGCUGCCAAGACGGUUGGCGAGAAGAAGAAGCCCGCGGAGGAGCAGCCUGUUGUGAAGCCGGCAGAAGAGCAGGCUAGUGCUAAGCCAGUCGAAGAGCAGGCUGCUGCCAAGCCAGUGGAAGAGCAGAUCGCUGCCAAGCCAGUGGAAGAUCAGACUGCUAAGCCCACGCAAGAGGAGCCAGUGGCCAAGCCAGUUGAGGAUCAAUCGGUUCCUGAGCCGGCGCAAGAGGAAGCUGUCGUGAAGCCCGCCGAAGUGCAGCCGGAGCCGCUGCCGGUCGUAGAGCCAGUGGCCACAUCGAUUGAAGAGCUUCCGACGGCCGAGCCAGUCGAUGAGCAGGCUGUCGUCAAGCCAGUGGAGAGCAACCAGGAACAGGAGGAGAAGUUGGUGGAGCAAGAGGCAGAGCAGGCUGCGUCAAAACCGGAGGAGGAAAAGGUCGUGGAGGAGCAAGCCGAAGCCAAAGUGGAGGUCAAGUCCGAGGACAAGGCAGAGGAAAAACCCGAGAAGGCAGCUGAGAAGGUGGAGGAGUUGCCGGCAGAGCCGCUGGCACCUUCGUCGGACUCUCUCAAGAUGUAA